GGAGAGUUCAAAACAGCCAUCAAGUACCAUCAACGUCAUCUAGAAAUUGCUAAAGAAGUGGGAGACAAGGCCGGAGAGGGAACAAGUUAUGGCAAUCUCGACAACGCUUAUAGAUGUCUAGGAGAGUUCAAAACAGCCAUCAAGUACCAUCAACGUCAUCUAGAAAUUGCUAAAGAAGUGGGAGACAAAGCCGGAGAGGGAAUAAGUUCUUGCAAUCUCGGCUGCGCUUAUCAAGGUCUAGGAGAGUUCAAAACAGCCAUCGAGUACCAUCAACGUCAUCUAGAAAUUGCUAAAGAAGUGGGAGACAAGGCCGGAGAGGGAACAAGUUAUGGCAAUCUCGGCAACGCUUAUAGAUGUCUAAGAGAGUUCAAAACAGCCAUUAAGUACCAUCAACGUCGUCUAGAAAUUGCUAAAGAAGUGGGAGACAAGGCCGAAGAGGGAAGAAGUUAUUGCAAUCUGGGCUGCCCUUAUCAAGAUCUAGGAGAGUUCAAAACAGCAAUCGGGUACCAUCAACGUGAUCUAGAAAUUGCUAAAGAAGUGGGAGACAAAGCCGGAGAGGGAACAAGUUAUUACAAUCUGGGCUGCGCUUAUCGAGGUCUAGGAGAGUUCAAAACAGCAAUCGGGUACCAUCAACGUCAUCUAGAAAUUGCUAAAGAGGUGGGAGACAAAGCCGGAGAGGGAAGAAGUUAUUGGAAUCUCGGCAACACAUAUCAAGGUCUAGGACAGUUCAAAACAGCCAUCGAGUACCAUCAACGUCAUCUAGAAAUUGCUAAAGAAGUGGGAGACAAGGCCGGAGAGGGAAGAAGUUAUUGCAAUCUCGGCUGCGCUUAUCAAGGUCUAGGAGAGUUCAAAACAGCAAUCGGGUACCAUCAACGUCAUCUAGAAAUUGCUAAAGAGGUGGGAGACAAAGCCGGAGAGGGAAGAAGUUAUUGCAAUCUGGGCUGCACUUAUCGAGGUCUAGGAGAGUUCAAAACAGCAAUCCGGUACCAUCAACGCGAUCUAGAAAUUGUUAAAGAAGUGGGAGACAAAGCCGGAGAGGGAACAGGUUAUGGCAAUCUCGGCUGCGCUUAUCAAGGUCUAGGAGAGUUCAAAACAGCCGUCAAGUACCAUCAACGUGAUCUAGAAAUUUUUAAAGAAGUGGUAGACAAGGCCGGAGAGGAUACAAGUUAUGGCAUUCUCGGCAACGCUUAUAGAUGUCUAGGAGACUUCAAAACAGCCAUCAAGUACCAUCAACGUCAUCUAGAAAUUACUAAAGAAGUGGGAGACAAAGCCGGAGAGGGAACGAGUUAUGGCAAUCUCGGCUGCGCUUAUAGAUGUCUAGGAGACUUCAAAACAGCCAUCAAGUACCAUCAACGUCAUCUAGAAAUUGCUAAAGAAGUGGGAGACAAGGCCGGAGAGGGAACAAGUUAUGGCAAUCUCGGCUGCGCUUAUAGAUGUCUAGGAGAGUUCAAAACAGCCAUCAAGUACCAUCAACGUCAUCUAGAAAUUGCUAAAGAAGUGAGAGACAAGGCCGGAGAGGGAACAAGUUAUGGCAAUCUCGGCUGCGCUUAUAAAGGUCUAGGAGAGUUCAAAACAGCCAUCAAGUACCAUCAACGUCAUCUAGAAAUUGCUAAAGAAGUGGGAGACAAGGCCGGAGAGGGAACAAGUUAUGGCAAUCUCGGCUGCGCUUAUAGAUGUCUAGGAGAGUUCAAAACAGCCAUCAAGUACCAUCAACGUCAUCUAGAAAUUGCUAAAGAAGUGGGAGACAAGGCCGGAGAGGGAACAAGUUAUGGCAAUCUCGGCAACGCUUAUAGAUGUCUAGGAGAGUUCAAAACAGCCAUCAAGUACCAUCAACGUCAUCUAGAAAUUGCUAAAGAAGUGGGAGACAAAGCCGGAGAGGGAAUAAGUUCUUGCAAUCUCGGCUGCGCUUAUCAAGGUCUAGGAGAGUUCAAAACAGCCAUCAAGUACCAUCAACGUCAUCUAGAAAUUGCUAAAGAAGUGGGAGACAAGGCCGGAGAGGGAACAAGUUAUGGCAAUCUCGGCUGCGCUUAUAGAUGUCUAGGAGAGUUCAAAACAGCCAUUAAGUACCAUCAACGUCGUCUAGAAAUUGCUAAAGAAGUGGGAGACAAGGCCGAAGAGGGAAGAAGUUAUUGCAAUCUGGGCUGCCCUUAUCAAGAUCUAGGAGAGUUCAAAACAGCAAUCGGGUACCAUCAACGUGAUCUAGAAAUUGCUAAAGAAGUGGGAGACAAAGCCGGAGAGGGAACAAGUUAUUACAAUCUGGGCUGCGCUUAUCGAGGUCUAGGAGAGUUCAAAACAGCCAUCGGGUACCAUCAACGUCAUCUAGAAAUUGCUAAAGAGGUGGGAGACAAAGCCGGAGAGGGAAGAAGUUAUUGCAAUCUCGGCUGCGCUUAUCAAGGUCUAGGAGAGUUCAAAACAGCCAUCAAGUACCAUCAACGUCAUCUAGAAAUUGCUAAAGAAGUGGGAGACAAGGCCGGAGAGGGAACAAGUUAUGGCAAUCUCGGCUGCGCUUAUCAAGGUCUAGGACAGUUCAAAACAGCCAUCAAGUACCAUCAACGUUGUCUACAACUUGUUAAAGAAGUGGGAGACAAGGUCAGAGAGGGAACAAGUUAUGGCAAUCUCGGCUGCGCUUAUAGCUGUCUAGGAGAGUUCAAAACAGCCAUCAAGUACCAUCAACGUCGUCUAGAAAUUUCUAAAGAGGUGGAAGACAAGGCCGGAGAGGGAACAAGUUAUGGCAAUCUCGGCUACGCUUAUCACGGUCUAGGACAGUUCAAAACAGCCAUCAAGUACCAUCAACGUCGUCUAGAAAUUGCUAAAGAAGUGGGAGACAAGGCCGGUGAGGGAACAAGUUAUGGCAAUCUCGGCUGCGUUUAUCAAGGUCUAGGAGAGUUCAAAACAGCAAUCAAGUACCAUCAACGUCAUCUAGAAAUUGCUAAAGAAGUGGGAGACAAGGCCGGAGAGGGAACAAGUUAUGGCAAUCUCGGCUGCGCUUAUCAAGAUCUAGGACAGUUCAAAACAGCAAUCGAACACCAUCAACGUCAUCUAGAAAUUGCUAAAGAAGUGGGAGACAAGGCCGGAGAGGGAAGAAGUUAUGGCAAUCUCGGCUGCGAUUAUCAAGAUCUAGGACAGUUCAAAACAGCAAUCAAGUACCAUCAACGUCAUCUAGAAAUUGCUAAAGAAGUGGGAGACAAGGCCGGAGAGGGAUUAAGUUAUGGCAAUCUCGGCAAAAGUUAUAAUUGUCUAAGAAAGUUCAAAACAGCAAUUGAGUACCAUCAACGUCAUCUAGAAAUUGCUAAAGAAGUGGGAGACAAGGCCGGAGAGGGAAAUAGUUAUGGCCGUCUCAGCUGCACUUAUCAAGUUCUAGGGCAGUUCAAAACAGCAAUCGGGUACCAUCAACGCAAUCUAGAAAUUGCUAAAGAAGUGGGAGACAAGUUCGGAGAGGGUAGGAGUUAUUGUAAUCUCGGCAAGAUUCAUUUCCGUCAAAGAGAGUUGAAAGCGGCAAUGGAGUGUUAUCAACGUCACCUAGAAAUUUCCAAAGAAGUGGGAGACAAGACUGGGGAGGCGUGCUCACUCCAUUCUCUUGGAAGCAGUUUCGAGUGCCAAGGAAAUCUUAUGAUGGCCUUUGACUAUUAUCACUCGAGUGUAGAGUUGUAUGAUGAUAUUAGGGCCAGUCUUCACCUCAACGAUCAGUGGAAGAUUUGUUUUCGUGAUCAGUACGAAAGUGCAUAUAAAGACUUGUGGCGUAUAAAUCUCAAACAAGGUCAAGUUGUAAAGGCUCUUCUUGCCGCAGAGAAAGGACGUGCUCAAGCUCUGAGAGAUCUUAUGGCCACAAAAUAUCAGCCUCGAGAUUCUUCAACGCACAGCGCAUCUCUGAGUUGGGUUCCACUGAGCACAGUUUUCAUAGCUAUUAGUGGACCAUGCGUUUACUUCUGGGUUUGUGUCAGUGAAGAUAACAUCCAGAUGAGACAGGUACACGUCAACAAUUAUAAGUAUGAGGAUGAAUUGGAAUUUUUCAUCCGGCUACUGAACAAAACUGUUUUUAAGGAGAUCGGUACAAGAGAUACUGUUACAAUCGAAAAUCCUCUGCUUGAUUCGCCGAAAGAAGAGAAAGUGGCCAAUGAUGUGAGUCGAGUUGAUGUGAGGCACUCCCAAUCAAGUGCUUUAAAGAAGCUGCAUGACAUCAUCGUUGCUCCUAUUGCUGACCUGAUCAAAGGCCACGACAAUAUCACAUUCGUUCCAGAGGGGCCAUUUUGCCUCGUACCUUAUGCAGCGUUGGAGGACUCCAACUCAUCAUAUCUAAGUAAUUCUUUCAGAAUUCGUGUGCUUCCCUCCCUGACGACUUUGAAACUAAUUAAUGACUGUCCAGCUGACUUUCACAUGAAGACUGGUGCAUUGCUUGUCGGCGACCCAUGUUUCAAACAUAUCAUCUAUGAGGAAAGACUUUUGGUGCAACUUCCAGGAGCAAGGAAAGAAGUGGAGAUGAUCGGGCGUGUCCUAAAUGUUUCUCCCCUCACUGGAGAAAUGGCAACAAAAAAUGAAGUGUUAAAACGAAUAUCAUCAGUGGCCUUAGUUCACAUAGCAGCACACGGUAAAAUGGAAACUGGAGAAGUUAUCCUGGCACUAAACACCACUAGAGAAAACCCUCAGCCGCAAGAGAAAGACUAUCUACUGACGAUGCAAGAUGUCGUAGAAGCUGGGUUGCGAGCACGUCUGGUUGUACUUAGCUGCUGUCACACUGCUCGUGGGGAGGUCAUGGCCGAGGGUGUGGUCGGCAUGGCGCGUGCACUUUUGGCUGCCGGUGCUAGAUCUGUUGUGGUAACCUUGUGCGCGAUUGGCGACGAGGGAACCCUGGAGUUCAUGAGUUUCUUCUACGAUGCACUUACCAAAGGCAAGAAGGCAAGUGAAGCUCUCAAUCAGGCCAUGAAGUGUAUGAGGGAAAUUGAAAAGUUCAAGGAG